GUAAACCCUUGUUAGUCUCUCUCUCUCCUUGUUACUCCGCCAUUAGGCAAAAUCAUUCUUCUUCUUCUUCUGGUUUAUAUGAGAAGCAUCAAAAUCACACUCGUGGGACGAUUUGAAACCUUCUGAAUCAAUCAGACUGUUCCCAAUGCAGAGAACGCUCUCCCUUGCGGCUGCUAAGUCUUCUUCUUCGACUUCACCUCUGUCUCUUCGUCCCCUCAUGGCUAAGUUGCAGUUCAGGGCGAUUCAGAGUCUCCCAUCUUCAUCUUCUUCCUCCUCAUUAGUUAGAGUCUGUAGAAACGUAUGCCAGCUUCAGUUCAAAAGAGAGAACGCAAGUUGUUUUAAAUUAGCUUGCGCACUUCCUUCGUUCGGUUCAGUUAGUUAUGCAGCUCGUUUGAGCGGUUCAAGUUUAAGUUCUUUUGGGAACAGUUUCAGACUGUUUCGUGGGAGGUAUUUUUCUCAAGUCCCUAAUACUGGGAAUAAGGAUAAGGUUGUCAAGAAGUUUAGUAAGAACUGGAAUCAGAAGAAGAAUAAGAAGAAGAAUGAGGUUUUGGCUUCCUCAGAAGCUGAAGUGGUGACUGCUACUGAACCGGCUAUUGGAGAUGUUAGCAGUGGAAUCAAAGUGGAUUUAGCAGCUGCACCUGUUGGUAAUGUUAAGCAAGCCUCUACUGUCAAACCAAAACGGCGCCCAAAGAAAAAGAAAGUUGAAGAUAAGGAUAAAUCUUCUUCAACUGUAUCGGCUUUGGAGGAGGUCUCUGUAGAGGAGAGUUUGAAAACCGUUCCCAGGACUAAACAUUCUGGUUCUGGAAAUCGGAAGUCUUCAUCUGCUAAGAAGGAGGUGGCAAAAGAUCCCAAAAGUUCUGCUCCAACAGAAGCAAGCAAUGCACCGAAACAGGAGAAGGUCUUAGCUUCUUCAGAACUAUCAACUGAAGCUUCACCGGCCAGCAAUGGCAAGCAAGCCUCUACUGUCAAAACAAAACGGCGGCCAAAGAGCAAGAAAGCCGAUGAUAAAUCAUCUUUAGCAGUACCAGUUCUGGAAGCGAUCUCUGUAGAAGAGAGUUCAAAUAGCGUUACCAAGCCAAAACAUUCUAGUUCUAAAAAUCGGAAGCCUUCGUCCGCUAAGAAGGAGGUGGCAAAGUCUCCCAUUGUGGAGGCGCCCAAAAGUGGAAAACAGAAGCAGGUUCCUCAAGCUCAGCCCAUGAAAAACAGCAUAGAGCAUCGAGGUCAAAAUGCUUCUAAACCGCUUUUUCCACCAAGUGGAAAAUCUGUUAUUGUGGUCGAGUCAAUCACAAAGGCAAAGGUUAUUCAGGGCUAUCUUGGUGACAUGUAUGAGGUUUUGCCAAGUUAUGGUCAUAUCAGGGACCUGGCCUCAAGGUCUGGUUCAGUGAGGCCGGAUGAUGAUUUUAGCAUGGUUUGGGAGGUUCCAUCUUCCGCCUGGACUCAUAUUAAGAGCAUAAAGAUGGCAUUAAAUGGAGCUGAAAAUCUGAUUCUUGCAUCGGAUCCAGAUCGUGAAGGAGAGGCAAUCGCCUGGCACAUCAUUGAGAUGUUGCAGCAGCAGGGUGCCUUACACGAGAGUAUGACAGUAGCAAGGGUUGUUUUUCAUGAGAUCACUGAGUCAGCCAUAAAAACUGCACUUCAGUCCCCACGAGAAAUCGACGGGGACUUGGUACACGCAUAUCUCGCACGGCGUGCUCUUGACUAUCUAAUCGGAUUCAAUAUUUCACCGCUUCUUUGGAGGAAACUUCCAGGUUGCCCAUCAGCCGGACGAGUCCAGUCUGCUGCUUUGGCUCUUAUAUGUGAUAGAGAAACUGAAAUCGACGGGUUUAAGCCUCAGGAGUACUGGACUGUAGGGAUCAAAGUGCAAAGGAAGGAUAGUUCAUCCGCUGUUUCAGCUCACUUGACCAGUUUAAAUUCAAAGAAGUUAAAUCAGCUUUCUAUCAGCUCUGAAGCAAAGGCUCAGGACAUUGAGCAAAGGAUAAGAUCAGACAGUUUUCUAGUGAAGGGCAUUAAAAAGAGCACUACACGGAAAAAUCCACCAACUCCAUAUAUAACUUCAACCCUCCAGCAGGACGCUGCUAACAAAUUGCAUUUCUCAUCAGCAUAUACCAUGAAGCUUGCUCAAAAACUAUACGAGGGUGUCCAACUGUCCGAUGGUCAAUCAACUGGUCUUAUAACAUACAUGCGGACAGAUGGUUUACAUAUUGCUGAUGAAGCUAUCAAAGAUAUACAGUCCUUGGUGGCAGAAAGGUUUGGGAAGAACUUUACAGCAGACGGUCCUCGUAAAUAUUUUAAAAAGGUUAAGAACGCUCAGGAGGCCCACGAAGCUAUUAGACCUACCAAUAUACGUAGAUUACCGUCAACGAUUGCUAGCCUGCUUGAUGCGGAUGCUCUAAAAUUAUAUACCUUAAUAUGGUCGCGAGCUGUGGCAUGUCAGAUGGAGCCUGCUUCUGUUGUUCAGAUACAACUUGAUAUUGGAAAUGCAUCUGAAUCCAUUAUCUUCAGAUCGUCAUGCUCAAAAGUCGAUUUCCUUGGAUAUCAGGCAGUUUACGAGGACCCUGAAGCUAAGGCAAUCAGAACCAAAGACGAUGAUAAGUGUCGUGAGCGGGAGGAAACUUUUGAGAGACUCAGUUUGUUGAAGGAUGGGGAUCUGCUACAAAUUGGUGAAGUGGAACUCAAGCAGCACCAUACUCAGCCCCCACCACGCUAUUCCGAGGGGUCACUGAUCAAAAAGCUCGAGGAGCUCGGGAUAGGUAGACCAUCGACAUAUGCAUCCAUAUUUAAAGUUUUACAGGACAGAAAGUACCUAACAAUUAAGAGCCGAGUACUGUAUCCGGAAUUCCGUGGGAGGAUGGUUUCAGCCUUUCUUACCAACUACUUCACGGAGGUCACAGACUACAGUUUUACUGCUGAUAUGGAGACUGAGCUUGACAACGUUUCUGGUGGUGUAACUGAAUGGAAAGGUCUCCUAAGAGACUACUGGACACGAUUCAGCGCGUACUGUAAACGUGUCGAAAAUGUCCAAAUCCAACAGGUGGAAAAAAUGUUGGAAAAAAGAUACGAGGACUUCCUGUUUUCUUCCCUUCCCGAUCCCACACGGACUUGCCCGAGUUGUUCGGAAGGCACCUUAGUUUUCAAAGUUAGCAAGUUUGGUUCAGGGUAUUUCAUCGGUUGUGAUGGCUACCCUUCGUGCAAGUUCGUUGCCAAAACGCUUUAUGGAGAGGAUGAAGAUGAAGAUGAGACUCCAAAGAAUACCUGCGUAGAAGAGCCCAAAUUACUAGGUGUUCAUCCCAAUACCAAUGAGAAGGUUAUUUUAAAGUGCGGCCCCUAUGGGCAUUAUGUACAGCUUGGUGAGGACAAAAAAGGACACGUACCACAACGAGCAAAUGCGUCCCAUAUAAAGGAUGUGAACUCUAUUACGCUUGAAGGUGCUCUCGAAUUAUUACGCUAUCCUCUGACACUGGGGAACCACCCUGAAGAUGGGCAGCCUGUGUUCUUGAAGCUUAGCAAAUCUGGAUUUACUGUUCGACAUCGCCGCACUAUGGCUACUGUUCCCAAGAACGUUGAACCAAGUGAGGUGACUUUUGAGAAAGCAAUGAAGCUCUUGUCUGGCAAAAAUGUGAGACUGUGCGGCAGACCUAAGAGGGUCAAGCCAACAGUAGUUGAUGAGGAAGAAGAAGGAGAUGAAGAAGCUGCGGAGGCUAUUUGAAUAUUCUCAGCUUUCAUAAAAAAAAGAAGAGCAUUAGCUUUGAUGGAAGACUAUUUGAAUAUUCUUUUUGGUAAUCAGAGUAAUAAUCGUCAUAGAAAAAAAUAUUGGAUACUGUUGUAAAACUAUAACACAUUUGUUAAUGAUAUGAAAGUUCCAUUAACUGAGU